AUGGUUUUGGACUUCAUCAUGAACAUCGACAACACUCAACAAAGAGUAGACACAUACGAUGUAGGAGACAUGGAUUACAACUGGUUGGACCAUACGUCUUGGCAUAGCAGUGAGGCAUCCCCAAUGUCUUUGCAUCCAGUAACUUGGCAACCAUCCAAAGAUGGAGACCGUCUCAUUGGUCGUAUUUUGUUAAAUAAACGACUAAAAGAUGGAAGUGUGCCUAGAGACUCAGGAGCAAUGCUUGGAUUGAAGGUAGUAGGAGGAAAGAUGACUGAAUCAGGUCGACUCUGCGCAUUUAUCACCAAAGUUAAAAAAGGAAGCUUAGCUGAUACAGUGGGGCAUCUUAGACCAGGUGAUGAAGUAUUAGAAUGGAAUGGAAGGCUACUACAAGGAGCCACUUUUGAAGAGGUGUAUAACAUCAUUUUAGAAUCCAAACCUGAGCCACAAGUUGAGCUAGUCGUUUCAAGACCAAUAGGGGACAUUCCCAGAAUACCUGACAGCACACAUGCACAGCUGGAGUCCAGUUCUAGUUCAUUUGAAUCUCAAAAAAUGGACCGACCUUCUAUUUCAGUGACUUCUCCUAUGAGUCCUGGCAUGUUAAGGGAUGUUCCACAGUUCUUGUCUGGACAACUUUCAAUAAAACUGUGGUAUGACAAGGUUGGUCAUCAGUUAAUAGUUACAAUAUUGGGAGCAAAGGAUCUUCCUUCAAGGGAAGAUGGGAGACCAAGGAAUCCUUAUGUUAAAAUUUACUUUCUUCCAGACAGAAGUGAUAAAAAUAAAAGAAGAACAAAAACAGUAAAGAAAACGUUGGAACCUAAGUGGAAUCAGACAUUCAUUUAUUCUCCAGUUCAUCGGAGAGAGUUUAGAGAACGAAUGUUAGAAAUAACUCUUUGGGACCAAGCACGAGUUCGAGAGGAAGAAAGUGAAUUUUUAGGAGAGAUUCUUAUUGAGUUAGAGACAGCAUUAUUAGAUGAUGAACCUCACUGGUACAAACUUCAAACGCAUGAUGUCUCUUCAUUACCACUUCCCCAUCCCUCACCAUAUUUGCCACGCAGACAACUCCAUGGCGAGAGUCCCACACGGAGGUUACAAA